GUGCAAAAAUGGUGUCACCCAGCUACCCAGCCUCCAGUGUGGAAACUCUGUGCUCUCUUGACCAGCAAUCACGCACCCGUCCUUGGUCUCCAGCUUUCUUCCACUGCCUGCUUUUUCACUGUCCGUGACCAAGCCAUCAGGUUGCCAGGCGGCCCAUCCUUACUGAGUUUUAUGUCAGUUGCGGCUGUGUGUCCCGACCCCUCACUUCUGAGGGACUGCGGCUUUGACCCGUUCUGCCGCUCUGCUGGAGGGUCUCAAUCAGCACUGGCCAGGUGCCGACCUCACCCAGGAACUUUCGCGGGACCAUGCUGCUGCUGCUGCUGCUGUCCAGAGACUGCAGUCGGGUGCCAGCCUGCCCCAGAAAAAGUUGACGCGAUCGUGUAGCAGCAGCAUUUCAGGGAUUAUGGAAAAUCACAACACACACCUGGCACCAGGCUUCAGUCCCGACAACCUUGUUUCAGCACGAGCAAAUGUGGUUGUUCUCCCGGGUCCACUGGGGCCUUUGCCUGCGGGCACACAGCCUCUACCCGAUGUCCUCUGAGCAGGGAAACCACCUUUCCUCAUGUGGCCUGAAGACCCCGGACUUCACUCUGCUCCUGGGGAUUCGCCCUUCUCACCAGAGCACCACCAGAGCCUGGCCACCCAGUGGCCCCGUUGCCCCGAUGGAUCCACUGAACCUGUCCUGGUACGAUGAUGAUCUGGAGAGCCAGAACUGGAGCCGGCCCUUCAACGGGUCCGAAGGAAGGACCGGAAAGCCUCACUACAACUACUAUGCCACGCUUCUCACCUUGCUCAUCUUCGUCAUCGUCUUCGGCAACGUGCUGGUCUGCAUGGCCGUGUCCCGCGAGAAGGCGCUGCAGACCACCACCAACUACCUGAUCGUCAGCCUCGCCGUGGCCGACCUCCUGGUGGCCACGCUCGUCAUGCCCUGGGUUGUCUACCUGGAGGUGGUGGGCGAGUGGAAAUUCAGCAGGAUUCACUGUGACAUCUUUGUCACUCUGGACGUCAUGAUGUGCACAGCAAGCAUCCUGAACCUAUGUGCCAUCAGCAUCGACAGGUACACAGCCGUGGCCAUGCCCAUGCUCUACAACACCCGCUACAGCUCCAAACGCCGAGUCACUGUCAUGAUCGCGAUCGUCUGGGUCCUGUCCUUUACCAUCUCCUGCCCACUGCUCUUCGGACUCAACAACACAGACCAGAACGAGUGCAUAAUCGCCAACCCCGCGUUCGUGGUGUACUCCUCCAUCGUCUCCUUCUACGUGCCCUUCAUCGUCACCCUGCUGGUCUACAUCAAGAUCUACAUCGUCCUCCGCAGGCGCCGCAAACGGGUCAACACGAAGCGCAGCAGCCGGGCUUUUAGGGCCAACCUGAAGGCCCCGCUCAAGGAGGCUGCCCGCCGAGCCCAGGAACUAGAGAUGGAGAUGCUGUCCAGCACCAGCCCCCCCGAGAGGACCCGGUACAGCCCCAUACCGCCCAGCCACCACCAGCUGACCCUCCCCGACCCAUCCCACCACGGCCUCCACAGCACGGCCGACAGCCCCGCCAAACCAGAGAAGAAUGGGCAUGCCAAAGACCACCCCAAGAUUGCCAAGAUCUUUGAGAUCCAGUCCAUGCCCAAUGGCAAAACCCGGACCUCUCUCAAGACCAUGAGCCGCAGGAAGCUCUCCCAACAGAAGGAGAAGAAAGCCACCCAGAUGCUCGCCAUUGUUCUCGGCGUGUUCAUCAUCUGCUGGCUGCCCUUCUUCAUCACCCACAUCCUGAAUAUACACUGUGAUUGCAACAUCCCGCCUGUCCUGUACAGCGCCUUCACGUGGCUGGGCUAUGUCAACAGUGCCGUGAACCCCAUCAUCUACACGACCUUCAACAUUGAGUUCCGCAAGGCCUUCAUGAAGAUCCUGCAUUGCUGACCCGCUUCCCGCCUCCCUGCCCAGGCCAGCCGGGUCUCCGUUCCUGGGAGCCGUGGAUGGGGGUGGUGCAGGGCGGACUCGGCCUUCUCUUUGUCCCCGGCAGGCUCUAGCUUGACUCCACGCCCCUCAGAGCUCACACACCCUCACUCCGCCAGGGUAGUGCUGGGGAGCCAGGCACGGUGCCAGCCCAAGGGCUGGACCCCUGGCUCAGGGGCGGCUCACAGAGCCCCUCCUCCCACCUCUAGGCCCUCUCCCCUUGGCACCAAAGACACAGCCGCCUUCUCUGACCUUUCUCUGGGCUUCUGGGGUCACCAGGAACAGGGGCAGGGCUCAGAGGCUGUGCUUUCUGUGGGGUUUGGCCUGGUCUUCGUAGGCCUGUGCUGGAGCGGGCAGUGUGGAGGGAUGGAUGGUUCCCACCCCACAAGGCCCAUGCCUGGGAAGCCAGAGCUCUUGCCAAGGCCCCAGGAAACUCAGUCCUGGGAGACCCAUGUAAAUACCAGACCACAGGGUGAGCCCCAGAAAAGCCCAAGCCAAAAAUCUUCAUUCACUCCCUUUCCUGCCCGAUGGGAGCCUCUGUUUCCACAGCAGUGGCUCCCACCCCACCCCACCCCACCCCACUGUGCCUCCAGCAACCCAUGUGAUUUCCACACCUGCUGAGGGCAGGAACCCUGGGCUUGAAAGGCCCCAGGAAGGUCUGCGGGGAGCGGAACGUCCCCCAAGCCCAUGCUGCUGCCUCCUAACUGACUCGGUGCGUCCCUUCUCUAGCAACUGUUGGGCCAGCCUGUGAGAGGGCAGGGAAGGUGGGCCGCAUCCGGGGUCCCGGGUGGAUGUUGGUUCUCUGGGGGACUGCCUCCUGCCACACUUUGCCGCAAAACCACUCUCCUUUGCCUUUUGCCUCUCCUCUCUCCUGCCCCCUUCCCCUUCCACUUUCUCCGCCUUAGAGGAGCCCAUGGUGAGGGGGCUGCUGAAUACCACUUAGCCUGGGCUGGCCCUGCCCUGAGGGAGGAGGGAGGUUGCAGUUUGUGGGCAGGGCCCUGGGUCCCAGACUCUGUAACAUCACUACACAUGCUCCAAACUAAUAAAACUUUGACAAGAGUCAUA